UGUGCUCUGUGGUCAUAAUUGCGAAUGCGAACGCGAAAACUGUAUUUUUCUUGUUUUUGAUAUUUUCGUCAUUUCAUAUUCAAUACCCAAGAUCUAAGGUGAUGGAAAGAUAAUCUCAUUAAAAUCAUGCAGUCCGUUGUGGCCAGUAUACGCAAUUUUCUUUCCCGGCUUGUAUCAGAUAGCGUCGACGACAUCGCGAUCAACAGAAGCUUCAAAAGAGACAGAAAUGACGAUGACUCCUUGUCUGAAGAUGAUAACCUCAGUAUGAGAAGGGUUAAGUUCCCUAAGACAUCUUUCUCCAGCAAUGUCAAUAUGAGAGAUAUUUGGGAAGAUGAAGACACAGGACAAAAUGUAAGAUACAUACCAAUUCAAGUUGAAACUGCCUACCCCAAUACAUCUACUCCUAACCACCGGUUAAAAUAUAGCAGCCCCGAGAGAGCAGUUCCUGUCAAGGUGGUUGACAGAUCCAAUGGGCCGUCACCUCCAAUGAAGGCAAGAGUACUGGCUGUGAAGCCAGUGCUGACACUUGAAGUAGAUGAUGAAUCGGAUGAGGUUGUAAUGGUUAAAACUAAUCCUAAAAAAAAACAACAAAUUUAUCAAGCUAUAACCGAGGAUAACGUUAGUGAUGACGAUGAUGAUGAAGUCAUGUUUGUAAAAGAAAUCUCAAAGCCAACAACUUUAAAGAACUAUGUCAAUAAAAACGAGAGGAGAGAUGAAGGUGUCAAGUAUUACACAUUAUGUCGAAACAUUAAUGAGAGAGGAGCGAGUCAUUCACCUAGGGAAUAUAGCAAAUUGAAAGGUCCUAUUGGAAUCAAGAAAUCGUACAAAAAAUCGACGACACCUUUACCAAAAUGGAUGCAACAGUCACGAUCAAACGUCACACAAUCUAGGAGUAGACUGACGUCAUUAAAUGGAAAUGCUAUGACGACUCAAAUGCUAUUUAACUUAGACGAAAAAAGAAAUUAUCGAGAACUAAUUAAAAAAGUGGCCAACAGUAUGAAACCGAAUAGUGUAGAGAAACCGGAUAUCUUUAAUGUAGCUCAAGAUUUGGCAUCGUUCCAGUCAACUUUAAAAACACAAAGGAAUUCCUUAAAAGAAUUGAAUUUAUCUCAAAUGGGCCUAAAGACAGUGAAGGAUACUCUUGACUUAACCAAAGAGUAUGAUCCGAUAACGGUGGCAUCUAUCAAUUCAUCAGAUUCAGAAGUGGAGUUUGUACCAUCUGAAACAUCAAGUUCAUCCACUAAAGUGGACAGAGUUAAUACUUUAAAGGAUAACCAGAAAGACUGUGCGGUGGUGUCAAAGGACUGGCUCUCGCAACUAAAUACUAAGUAUAAUAAUAAACAAAAUCAUACACAAGUUGAGAUGCUUGAUGUAAAAAGAGUAUCAGAUAUCAUAUCCAAAGUUAAUAGUGAACAGAGCAUAGCACAUUUAGAAUAUAAGUUAAAACAUGAAUUAAGUUUACCAGAUAGCAUAAUAGAGGAGCCUAAACCCACCGUAGAGUUGCCACCGUUGACUCUUGAACAAGAAAAAUUAGUCAAAAAAGCACUCGGCCCCGGACCUCCUGGCCAACUUCUAGUAGAGAAAUUUAAUUUAAGGAUACACAGACGUGAUCUCCAAACCCUGGCAGGACUGAACUGGCUCAAUGACGAAGUGAUAAACUUCUAUAUGAACUUGUUAAUGCAAAGGAGUGAGGAGCGGAAGGAUUUACCUAAAGUGUAUGCCACCAACACUUUCUUCUAUCCCAAACUGAUGCAGAGCGGCCAUGCCGGACUAAAAAGGUGGACGCGAAAGGUGGACAUAUUUGCGCAUAACCUCAUGGUGGUGCCCGUCCAUCUCGGAGUGCACUGGUGCCUGAGCCUCAUAGACUUCCGGGAGAAGAAGAUCAGCUACCUGGACAGCAUGGGCGGCCGCAACCAGGCCUGCCUCGACGCGCUGCUCAUGUAUCUGCACGACGAACACAAGGACAAGAAGGGGCAACCCUUCGACGCUAGCGGAUGGGUCACAGAGAACCUCAAGAACAUACCGCAGCAGAUGAACGGCAGCGACUGCGGCAUGUUCGCGUGCACGUUCGCCGAGUUCAGCGCGCGCGGCGCCGACUACAGCUUCACGCAGGCGCACAUGCCCUACCUGCGCCGCAAGGCCGCGCUCGAGAUCCUGCAGGCCAGGCUCCUGCUCUAACCCGGCACCGGGUCCUCGGGUGAGUGCGCGUGUGGACACCCCGCAGCAGACGAACCCGCGACUGCGGCACUUUCGCCGACUACAGCUUCACGCAGGCGCACAUGCCCUACCUGCGCCGCAAGGCCGCGCUCGAGAUCCUGCAGGCCAGGCUCCUGCUCUAACCCGGCACCGGGUCCUCGGGUGAGUGCGCGUGUGGACACCCCGCAGCAGACGAACCCGCGACUGCGGCACGUUCGUCGACUACAGCUUCACGCAGGCGCACAUGCCCUACCUGCGCCGCAAGGCCGCGCUCGAGAUCCUGCAGGCCAGGCUCCUGCUCUAACCCGGCACCGAGUCCUCGGGUGAGUGCGCGUGUGGACACCCCGCAGCAGACGAACCCGCGACUGCGGCACGUUCGCCGACUACAGCUUCACGCAGGCGCACAUGCCCUACCUGCGCCGCAAGGCCGCGCUCGAGAUCCUGCAGGCCAGGCUCCUGCUCUAACCCGGCACCGGGUCCUCGGGAAACUCGCUUUGUGUUGGGAAUAUGCUACGCGUAUCACCUCUCGAGGAAUUGUAGGUUUCCUUCGUACUCUCAAAGAGAAUUGAUACUAUCCGACUUCAACACUAUCGUAAUGCUACUGCGAUUGUCUGUUGUUACUGUAGAUUAUAACUUCUUUCAUCGAGAACAAAAUUUAAAACAAAAAUAACCAUCAAAGUUUAACAUCCCAAGGUAUCACAUGUUUCACAUUGAAUCCAGUAUAUAGAAUCCUCCGUCUGACGCAAAGGACCGGCUCAUUGGAAUCCAACUUAUUUUCACUUAUGUUGACAUUUUUGCGCAUCAACCACAUCUCUUUGUAAACUUUUUCCACUUAAUUUGUAUUAUAAAAUUUUGUUUUUUUUUGGUGUACUAAGGUGUUUUAUUAUAUUAUAAAUUAAAUAAAAGGGUUUCACAUUGUGGAUAGUCAGCAAAUUCAGUGUAGCUUAAGGUAGUCUAUAAAAGGCUAUAAACAUAAUUGAGAAGCCGGCAUAAAAGUUACGGAUUUAUAACAAUUAAUUUAAAUGUAUAGAAUUUAUUAAAGUAACUUAUAAUAAUUUAUAAAUAGUUUUCUACUAACUUUAAUAAUACUAUAAACUAGAAUUUUAUUAUAUUCUCAGAGAUCUAGUAGACAUAGUUUUUGAUCUUUAAUUGGGAUUUUUCAGUUAUCUUUUCAACAAGGUGAAUUCAACUAUCAUUACUAUCGUUAUCUAUCUAUUUGAAUGGCCCACUACAGGGCCAAGGCAUCCCUCCUUAGUUUUUGAAAAUACUUAGGAUAAGAACUUUCCACGCGGACGAAGUCGCGGUCGUCUGCUGGUCAAUAUUUUUAUCAUCAGUAUUAUUAGUGGCAAAAACUUCGUUGUGAUCACAGAAUAGAGAAUGAUACAGAAUGAUUCUUUACAAGCUGGUGUACCCAAAAAAAAAACAAACGUCACGCGUGCGUCUCCUUAACAUCCGCAUAAUGUUGCUAUCUAGUAUCUACCAUAGAUAUACCAACUGUUUUCAUAAUUUGAAUUUCUCUAACAACAAUUACGUAAUAUAUAUGACGUGGAUUAGAACUAAAUUUCACAUCUGAUUAUCGAAGGUAUACUAAAUCACACGGACUGAUAUUGAAUACUGCGCACUACGGUUCUACGAUAUACGGGGAGGGCAAAUACACAAAGUAACACUAUCAAUCAUCACCGAAUCGAUAACUUAACCUACAACUACAGACCCCUUUAAUUACAUUUGAUCAAGUAUAGCGCUGAUACUAUCAGAUGUAAACCAGGAUUAACUAUCGUAUGGCAAGGAGUCAGCCACCAGCGAAGGUCGGGCUUGUAACCGAUCCAGUUGGGUUAAAGACGUCUUCUACACUUAACUAAUACUCCCCAUUCUCCGCUCGUGAUGGCUCCCAGCCAAGUAACAAACAAUGCAAAGGCCUUACUACUAGUAUUAACUUACCACUGACUCACUACCGAACCGUCUCGAACCACGUCGCGAACUAACACAAGUGUUCAACUGGAUAAACCUAAGAACUACCGCGUCUCGCUUUCUCCGAGAUCGUCAACUGAUUAGGUACUCUAUAAUUAAUGUAAGAUUAUUAUUAUCUAACUCUCCGACAUAUAUAUAUAACUAACUAUAGUUUUUUUAGUUUUACAAAAACUAAAAAAACUAUAGUUAGUUAUUCAUUAUUAGUCUAUUAUAUAUGUCGGAGAGUUAGAUAAAAUUUGUUGGCAGUUGUUAAAAUAUUUAAAAACACAAGACGCCAUCUUCCUUAAAUAAUAUUGAAAAUAAUGAUUUGACGCUUUGUGUGGUUAUAACUCAAGAAUGUAUUUGUUUUUUAAUUUGUAUUUAGAAUAGCUGCCGCGUUGCGUGCGCUCUAUCUGCCUAUUAGUCUUUCAUCUGUGGUGGUGAUGAAGUGUUUCUAGGGGGAAACCUAUCGAGGAUUCCAAUGACCUUCCUCCUCCUUAACAAUCGUUCGAUCAUUGCAAUGAUCGGACUCGAUUGAUCAUUAUUUUCUUACAUCUAAUACAUAUUUAAUUUUGCUAAAAGAGUAUUGAUCAAACAUUUUUCCAUUGAUCCUAUAUGGCUAAUAAGUUCACUAACUUGAUAAACUCCAUUUUAUUUAUGAAAUAAUAUUGUGUAUGUCGUGAAAAAUACUGCAUUUUGUGAGUGUUGUUUUUUGAAAAACUUGUGUUUAAUAUUAUAAUGUAUUUUGUGUAUAUAGGAUGUUUGUAUUGAUUUAAUUUAUCGCUAAACAAGUAUAAUUUUAGUAUUUCCAUGAAAUACAACAUAUACCCAUCACGCUACUUUGAUGCGGGUUGAUUACUGGGAUGAUAAUAACCAUAGCAUUUGAAUCCUACUCAAAACACAUUUAUUUUAAGUAAUUAAAUAGUAUUUUCAAAAUAACGUUGAGACAUGUGUGCGUUAUGAGAGUACAUAAUAAGUUUCUAACAAUUCUAAUCAGACUUGUAAAUUAACAAGAAUAUAGUAUGAACAAAAAAAUAUAUGAUUCAAGACUGAUUCGAAUGUUAGAUGUGAUUAAUAAUAUGUAUAAUAGUUACUAAAUACUAAGGUAUAGACAAGAUAUGAAGGCCUUUUUGACAGCUUAUGAUUGAUAAUAAGUACAUUAUAUUAAUAUUAUUUAUUAAGAGAUACCUACACCUACAACGCGUUUAACAUGUAGUGACUAGUCUGAAAUGUUCGUUUAGUCUCACGAUUGAACUACUCACCCACACUUGUGGAAGUAUCAAAAAAAAUACUUUAUGAAAUCCAUGAAUGUAAUUAUUAUUCCAAGAAUUAUACAUUUUAUUAAUAACUAUCUAUUCUUAUACAUACUAUAAUUACACAAUAAUUUCAUUAUAAAAUCAGUAGCGUCAAAAAGGCCUUAGAAUCGUGCUGAGAUAAUAAAGAAAUGUAUGUGUACAUAGUUUCGUAGAACUUACUUUUCCAAUAGCAAAAUUAAACAUAGUAUAAAAUCUUGACAUUGUCUCGUAUAAACGUAUGAUGAAGGUAUGUAUAAAUUAUUGUUAUUUACAGAUUUGUAUGAUAUAAAGUAUGGCAAUUUUCAAGAAUGCGAUUCUGACAUAUGUAAUUAUUUCUUACUAACGAAUAGUUAGGUAUAUAGGUAUUGUUAUAGUAAAAAUUAUAAUUUAACGUUACCUAAUUAGAAAACUACGGGUUUUGGACCACUUAAUACAAUGGGGAUGAUGACUAGGUUUAAAUAUAUUUAUUUUUAUGAUACAUUCAGGUAAAUAGGGUCAAUGUUAACUAAUUUAUAUAAAGCAAAGAUUGUCUGGAUAUUUGGAAAAUGAAUGAGAUUAUAAAAUUUCAAAAUCUAUUAAAAAUCUUUUAUCGUGAUUAGAUAAAAAAUCAUACAGUUUUAGCUUCCUUACAUUAAAUGUGACAUUUUUUAAUAUUUGAACUAUAAAAAUAAACGCACAAAUAACAAAGAUAUUUUUUGUUUGUACGCACAUACAAAUGUAACGAUCAUUACAUUGCCUACAACGUCAUUAGUUCGUGCCAUUUUGUAUGGGGCGUUUUUCAAGGAUCCGCGGCAGCGCCGCAAAUCUGACUCUUUAAAUCCCUGUAGCUCCAAAAGUAAUGAUCGCAGAUACCCUGUUCCUUAUUGAUUUACUAUUAGCGUAUUCUUAAUUUAUAUACAAUAUAUAAAACUGUCAUCAUCCCUAUUACAAGGUCAGGCCAGCUGUUUACUUUUUUAUUUGCUGAUGAUACUGACAGAUGUCACAAACGCAUUCUUUCGGCUGGCUGCACUGUAAUAUGCUAUUUGUUUAAGUGAUCUACAUAAUUACGAGUUCUGCCAUCAACCUCGGUCCAUCAUCAUCACUUCGAUGGACGUUCACUAGACUGGCAUUUUGUAGGGUCUUCCAAACAACGACCCUACCCCCCUUUUACCGACGGCUCUCUGCGACGUGGCUUGUGUCGUCAUUUUACCUAAUAGGGGGUCGUACAACACUGCGCCUUUCAUGUGAGGUCCACAUUCCAGCACCAUCUUAAACUUAUGUGCAUUGUGAAAUUCGCCUCUGCGCCUAUUUUUAUUACUUUAAAUUUUGUAACUUACCUUUAAAUCUUACAACUUAUUGAAGCUAUUCUGUCAAUCUGACUGAAAAAUGCAGGCAUUAAAAGGCAUAUUUUGUGCUCUUUUUUUGAGUGUUAUAAGCUUAUUAUUAGAGGUUAACCCAGACAAACAGACAUACAAAAAUUUUAAAUAGCUUGAUUAUGUUUUAGUAUCGCGUAAAUAGUACUUGAAAAAACAGUUGUUUUUAAAGCAUGUAGUAGUAUAUGUAUUAAUUGUAAACUUAUUGUUUAGUUGUCUCCUUAGUCAAUAAUAAUAAUAUAAUUAAUGUAAAUUACAAAUGGUGAAUUAAACUAAGUAUUUAAUAAACUGGCGCAGUGUUUUUGGAGAUUUGCCCCCGCAUACUAUUGAUAAAAUUUUCAUUACUUCUAUAAAGUUGUAUUCCUAUGCGUCUGUGUAACCCAUUCCGGGCUUACUUCCAUGUGAUUAGAUUUACGUAGAAUCUAGAUAAUAAAUAAUUUAGGUAAAUCUUAAUAGUGUAUAAGUUAUAGACAUUGUUAUAAUUUGGUGAAAUAAAUACGUAUAUAUUAUAUAACAUUACCUACGCGUAUAAUAAUAUGUUGUCCCGUAUUCUUGGCAGAGAGUUGUUAAAACAGUUAAUUGUCUUACAUAUUGUGUUGUUUUUUUUAUGUAACAAAUGGCCUGGUGAUUCUUGUAGAAACAUUAAAACUUUAAAAUUAAGAAAUAAUAAUUAUAUCUCAGUAAAGUCGUAACGAUUUGAAUUAAGUUUCUUUUCUAAAAAAGAGAUUUUACUUAAAAAUAAAUGAGAGAUUUUGCAUAAUUUUGUUUAAAUUUUUGAAGUGGCACUCAUCAGCCGUAAUUGUAGUCAUUAGCUUAAAAUUAAAACUUGUCAAGAACCUAAUAAAUUAUGACAAAUAGUUAAAAUCUACAAAUCUGUGCCAAGGAACUGCAUGUUCGAGUUGAUGUAUAAAAAGUGGUUGUCAUAAAUUAUUAUUUUGUGAAUGUACUUUAUUUUGUAGUCUUUCUGUCAUGGUCCAUUAAAUUAAACAAAACGAUUAAUUUUCUAUUUAUGUACCUACUUAACUUUUAUAAACGAUCCAAUAAAAAUAAUAUUAAAAUUGUAAA